CUUAGCUCUUCAGAAACAGGCAUCCUACUGCUGUCAGACUUGAGCUUGUUAGGAAUAGUGCAGCUGCUACCAGAAUGACGUGCAAGGACCAAUCUGAUGAGUUAAUCUUCUUCAUCAACGGCAGGAAGAUUGUUGAGAAGAAUGCAGAUCCUGAAGUCAUGCUGUUGACUUACUUAAGAAAGAAAGUGCGUCUCACAGGGGUGAAGUAUGGGUGUGGAGGGGGGGGCUGUGGAGCCUGCACUGUGAUGAUCUCCCGAUACGACACCCUCCAGAGCAGGGUCCUUCAUUUCUCUGUCAACGCCUGUCUGCUGCCCAUCGUUUCACUGCAUGGUGUUGCCGUGACGACUGUGGAAGGGGUGGGGAGCACCAAGACCAAGCUCCACCCCGUGCAGGAGCGCAUUGCGAAGGCUCACGGGUCGCAGUGUGGGUUCUGCACCCCUGGCAUGGUGAUGUCCAUGUACACCCUGCUGAGGAACAUUCCAGAACCCUCCAUCGAGGACAUCAGGGAGGCUCUCACAGGUAACCUGUGUCGCUGUACGGGUUACAGACCCAUCAUAGAUGGCUUUAAGACCUUCUGUGGGGCUUCAAAGUGCUGUCAGAAUGGAAAUGACACCAAGAACUGCUGUUUGGAUCAAGAGCCUGAGCUGAACCAGGAGGACGAUGAGAUCUCUAGUGAAUUGUUCAAGACGGAUGAUUUCUUACCCCUGGAUCCCACACAAGACCUAAUUUUCCCUCCUGAGCUGAUGCUGCUGGCACGCCAGCAGGGGAGUGGCAGGCUGGUGUUCCAGGGGGAGAGGCUCUGCUGGAUUUCCCCUGGGAAUCUGGCUGAGCUCCUGGAGCUGAAGGCACAGCACCCCAGCACACCCCUGGUCAUCGGGAACACCACUGUAGGGCCGAAUAUGAAGCUGAAAGGAGUGUCCCAUCCGCUGAUCAUCGCCCCCGCAGGGAUUGUGGAGCUGAGUGUUGUGAAGAACUUGGAGGAUGGGAUCUCGUUUGGCGCGGGGUGCAGCCUGUCUGUGAUGAAGGACGAGCUGAAGCGCGUCGUGUCCGAGCUGUCGGAAGAGAAGGUGGAGGUUUACCAAGCGCUGCUGCAGACACUGAGCUGCCUUGCAGGGAAACAGAUCCGCAACAUGGCGACCCUGGGGGGAAACAUCCUGAGUGCGAAUCCCAAAUACGACCUCAACAGCAUCCUGUCAGCUGGGGGCUGCACUCUCACCCUCGCUUCGAAAGGUAAGGAGUGGGGCUGGAACCAGAUUGCAUCAAUCGGGAUAUUAUCCAGAACUUGUUUAGUCCUCAUUAUUUAUUCUUCUGUUCUUAAUAGAUAA